UACGAUAGAUAAAAAUAGGCUCAGAUGGCAGUUACACGUACGAUUUUAAUGAUAUAAUAACAAUUCCAACAGGAAAUAUUGCACAGAAUUGGAAUUGUGAUGAAAGUGAUGUGUCUUUUUUAAAAGAUCUUAAAUAAUUGAAAGAAAUGGCUGCUGUGAAAUUCGGAAAACAUUUGAAAGAAUUAAGAAUCCUCCUCUGUCAAACAUCCAAAUCUAGUCAAGGUGUUAGAGACUUCAUCGAGCAACAGUAUGUGCCAUUGAAGAGAAAUAAUCCAAAAUUUCCCGUUUUGAUUAGGGAAUGCUCAGAUAUCGAACCGAAAUUGUAUGCGCGUUAUGAAUAUGGCGUAGAACGUUGCGUGCCCCUAUCAAAUAUGAAAUCUGAAGAAAUACUUGGCAAAGUUAAAGAGUUAGUAUCUCAUAAAUGAAUAUUUUAUCAAUGUAUGUAUCAUAUGUAUAGAAUGUUGUAAUAAAAUAGUUACAUCAAUUUCAAA